AUGUGUGGCCUCACUUUAACCGAGUUAGGGUUAAUGGGGUUACGAAGGCUAGGUGUAAGUACUGUCGUAAAUCCCUUGGUGGGGAAACAAGUAAUGGAACUUCACACCUAA